AUGGCGGCUGUCGUUUCACCAGCCGAUAUGACGAUUCAAAAGAAUUCUCAAAUUGUAGUGAAUGUGGAAGAAGCACUAGUUGAUUUACUUGUUGUAUCGUAUUGUACUGAGGAUAAAAAAUUUCAAGGGGUGCUCCUAGACUCCAGUAAAGGUAAUUUACCAUUUGGAGUAUAUAGCCUUCAUCCAGCUUUUAGUAAAGAGACUGAAACUGCCGUUAAGAUAGAUGAUAAACUACAUUCCGUUAGUCAGAGGUUUACGUAUCAAGAACACCAAUACGCUGAUGAAGGCACUCAAAAACCGAACAAAUUGGGUUCCAAAGGCAAACCCCAGCCUAGACAAAGGAUGACAGUCAGACUUAGACCCAGGAAAGUUUUAUGCUCAAAUUGCCAGGGCAUUUGUAAUGAGAACAAUGAAAACGUAGACGUGUCUAAGAAACGCAAACUAGAUUGCGAUGACGACACUCCUCAGGAUAGUUCUGCAGCUUCAAAAGUUGAAAACAAGCGUCUAAUGAGCAGCAGCAGUAUGCUUAUACCUAAAUUGUCAAGGCUCCAGACAAAUGACGUCAGUGCCAUGAAGUCGACAAACACGAAUGAAAAGAAAAUGAGAACCGUUAAAAGUGAAAAAUCAAACGAGAGUGAAAAAACAACGCGUGAACUGGCAUUUGUUAGUGUGUCCGAUGGCAAUAUCUGUGAUGAAAGUGAUGCUAAGGAAGACAAUGAUGUGUCAUUUAAUUCGUUGUUUUCAAGUGCACGAACAUUAAAAAUCUGCUUUGGAGAGGGUGAGGGCACAGUGGUUAAAAUUCCGCCCCUGACUGGAGACUACAAUGAAGAUUCAGGUGUGUCUUGCGAUAUGAGGAAACCGCCUAAACCUGAUUCUAAAGCUGUGAAAAAAGCCCUCAAGAAAGCUAAAAAGCAAGCAAAAAAGAAUAAUGUAACAGAAAAAGAGGAGGAAUUGCAUGAUCAAUCUCCUAAACACAUUGGUGCAUUGUCGCCGCAUAAUAACAUGUCUGAUAACCCACCUAUUGAUCCUUUAGAAAAAAAACAUAGGCACAAAAUGAAACACAAGAAGAAACAUAAAGUGACCAAAAAACGAGAUGAGAAUAGCAGUAAAAGUGAUGGUGAUGGUACGGACUACUUUAGCAAUAUAAAGGAACACUGUCUAAAGCAAAAGCUUUCAAUCAGCCUAAGAAGGCUAAGUUGUAACUCUUAUGAAAAACGUAAUGAACAGGAAACUGAUGUUUCCGAUGAUUGGGAAAGUGAAACAGUGCCAGACUUUCCUGCAAAUACUACUGAAAGCAUAGGUGGAAGGCUAUUGCGUGUUUCCCCUGGUGAUAUAGUUUGGGGAAAAGUGGUUGGAUUCCCUUGGUGGCCAGGUAGAGUGCUGAGUGUUACGCCUACUUCUAGAGCUCAUGUUGCAUGGUAUGCAUCUUCAACAUCAUCCUUGAUGCCCUGUGACAGUUUGAGCCCAUUUUUAGAAGAUUACAAGAUUCGUUUUAACAAGAAAAAAAGAGGUCCAUAUAAAGAAGCUGUGAAACAGGCGACAAUUGAAGCUAGAAGGAUUGAAUCUCACAUGGACCCAUUAGCAAGUCCCACUCACUCCAAUUUGGCCACAGUCUCACCACGCCCUAUUGAUGUGUUCUCAUAA